AUGGACUCGGCCACAGACCAGACCAUCCUGCGCCAUGAGGUGGCCGAGGUGGCCUUCGGCUUCUACAGCGACGCCGAGAUCCGCGACCUGAGCGUCAAACAGCUCACGAGUCGCCUGAGCUUCGACUCGCUCAACAACCCCGUGGUGGGCGGCCUGUACGACCCGGCGCUGGGCCCCGUGGACUUCAACAUGAUCUGCCCCACGUGCCACCAGACGCAGAAGGAGUGCCCCGGCCACCUGGGCCACAUCGAGCUGCCCGUGCCCGUGUACAACCCCGUGCUCUUCGGGCAGAUGCUCAACCUGCUCAAGCGCAAGUGCUUCACGUGCCACAAGUUCCGCGUGGCGAGCGCGCGCUCGCGCGUGGUGCGCGUCAAGAUCCUGCUGCUGGACAACGGCUUCGAGAACGAGGCGGCCCAGCUCAGCGAGCUGCUCGAGCAGCGCAACGGCGUGGAGGACGAGCCCCCGCAGCGGACGUUCCAGCGCCAGCAGGCCAUCCUGGACGAGUACGAGCGCCUCGCGCUCUCCAAGAGCGCCAACAACACGAACGGCAAGACGCAGCUGCUGCGCCCGCUGCCGCGCCUCGCCGAGGUGACGCGCGAGAAGCUCGCGAUCGAGUUCCUCAAGGGCAUGAAGAACAAGUGCGAGAACUGCGGAGCCAUCUCGCCCGCAAUCAGACAGGAUGCCAAUGCCAAGAUCUUCCUCAAGGGCCUGAGCGCCCGCUCCCGCAAGGUCAACCGCUCCAAGAACCUCACGGUCACGUCGGCGCUCGACACGAUCCGCGGCAACGUGUCGGACAACGGAGACGAGUCCAUGAGCGGCGACGACUCCGAGUCGGAGAUGGAGAACGAAGACAAAUACGCGACGACCGAGGACUCGUCGUCCCGCAGCAAGUACCUGCCUCCUCUCGAGGUGCAGUCGCAGCUGCAGCUGAUGUGGCAGAACGAGGACGGCCUCAUGGAGCUCCUGUACGGCGACCGCAACAUUGCUAGCGGCCGUGUGACUGGCCGCAAGGCCGAUGGAUGGCGCAAGUUCUUCCUUAACGUGAUCCCCGUGGCGCCGUCGCGUUUCCGUCCGCCCGUGUUCAUGGGCGACAAGCAGUUCGAGCACGCGCAGAACUCCCACCUGUCCAAGAUUAUGACCAUGAGCGAGAGCAUUGUCCAGAGUGACUACUACAAGCGCCAGGCGGCCACCACGUCGGACGAAGAUGAUGCCGAGAAGGAGCAGCAGGUGAACCUUUCGCGCAAGCUUGCGCUGUGGACGGAGCUGCAGACGGCCGUUAACCUCCUGGUCGAUAGCAGCAAGGCCAAGCCCGGUACCGAUGUCGCGCAGGGUAUCAAGCAGGUUAUUGAGAAGAAGGAGGGUCUGUUCCGUAAGCACAUGAUGGGUAAGCGUGUGAACUACGCCGCGCGUUCGGUUAUCUCGCCCGACCCGUACAUUAGUACCAGCCAGAUUGGUGUGCCGCUUCGAUUCGCCAAGACUCUCACUUACCCUCAGCCCGUGACGCCAUGGAACGUGGAGGAAAUGCGCCAGCUCGUUAUCAACGGACCUGACGUGCACCCCGGAGCGAACUUCAUGGAGAGCGAGAAUGGCCGCCUUAUUGACCUGAGCAAGCGCACGCCGCACCAGCGUGAGGCGAUCAGUAAGACGCUGCUCACGCGCUCUGCAAGUGCGCAGGGUACCAGCAAGAACGGCGUGAAGCGCGUGUGGCGCCACCUGAAGACCGGUGAUGUCGUGCUGAUGAACCGUCAGCCGACGCUGCACAAGCCCAGUAUUAUGGCCCACACCACGCGUGUGCUCACGAACCCGAAGAUGCAGACCAUUCGUAUGCACUACGCCAACUGUAACACGUUCAACGCCGAUUUCGAUGGUGAUGAGAUGAACAUGCACUUCCCGCAGAACGAGCUUGCGCGUGCUGAGGCAUACAACAUUGCGUGCAACGACAACCAGUACAUCGUGCCGACGGACGGUUCGCCGCUGCGUGGUCUUAUUCAGGAUCACGUUGACUCGGGUGUCAAGCUUACUCAGCGCGACACGUUCCUGACUAAGGACAUGUACAUGCAGCUUCUGUACAACGCCUGGGCCAGUAUGGAGGACGCUGGCGUGGAGAAGGCCCACAUCGAGACCGUCCCUCCUGCCAUUCUCAAGCCUCAGCCGCUCUGGACGGGUAAGCAAGUUAUCACUUCGGUGCUCAAGCUGCUCACGAAGGGUCUCCCGCCUCUCAACCUGGACAGCAAGGCUAAGAUCAAGGGUGAUCUGUACGGCUCGGCCAACAACGAGCACAUCGUGAUCAUUCGCGAUGGAGAGCUUCUUCAGGGUGUGCUCGACAAGAGUCAGUUCGGAGCGAGCAUGUACGGUAUGGUCCAUGCUUGUUACGAGGUGUACGGUGCUCGCAUCGCUGCCGAUUUCCUGUCGGCUCUUGGUCGUCUUUUCACGUGCUACCUGCAGUUCGCUGGCCAUACCUGUGCUAUGGAGGAUUUGACGCUGAACAAGCCUGCUGAGAAGCGUCGCCGCAAACUUGUGGAGGAUUCGGAGGUUCUAGGCGAGGAGGCCUAUGCCGAAUUUGCUGGUCUGACGGAGCUGCUCGAAAAGAAGCGUGCGUCUGAGAAGGAUGGCAAGAAGCGGCGCAUGAACGAAGGUGAGCGCGUUCAGAUCCGUGAGCGUAUGCGCACUCUGCUCUCUGGACCGGACGCCGAAAACAAUGCCAAGGCUCUGGAUGCGCACAUGAUGGGCUGCGUACACGGAUCCAACAGUGACAUUAUCAAGACCUGUUUGCCGUCGGGCCAGUCGAAGGCGUUCCCGAAGAACAACUUCUCGCUCAUGGUGCUGACCGGUGCCAAAGGAUCCAUGGUUAACCACUCGCAGAUUACGUGUGGUCUUGGCCAGCAGGCUCUUGAAGGUCGUCGUGUCCCUAUCCUGUGCAGUGGUCGUUCGCUUCCGUCGUUCGAGCCGUUUGACCCUGCCCCGCGUGCUGGUGGCUACGUUACGGAUCGUUUCCUGACUGGUCUGCGUCCUCAGGAGUACUACCACCAUUGUAUGGCUGGACGUGAAGGUCUUGUCGAUACGGCUGUGAAGACCAGUCGUAGUGGUUACCUCCAGCGUUGUCUGAUUAAGCACCUCGAGGACCUCCAGGUUGGCUACGACCACACGGUGCGCAACAGCGACGGCGGCGUGAUCCAGUUCCUGUACGGUGAGGAUGGUAUUGAUCCGGUGCAGAGCGCUAUGCUUUCGGGCAAGGAUGCUCAGUUCGACUUCCAGGCGAUGAACCACCGCAGUAUUUCGCACAAGUACGGCAUCAACGCCAAGUUCUUCGAGAACACGAAGCUGGACAUCAUGAAGCCGUUGAAGCUACACCAGGAGGUCCGUGAGGCGAAGGAAAACAACUUCGCGAGCACGUCUUCUGUGCUUAAGGCUGGCGGAAAGGUGAUGGCACGUCGCUUGAAGCAGGGCGAGACCAAGUGGAAGCGCGGCAACAUUGAGCUCGGCUUCCACGCCGCUGAAAUUGUGGCGCUGGCUGAGAAGAACGAGGAUGGUCGCGAGUGCAAGUAUGACAUUAAGUAUCUGGACACGGGCCUGAAGGCGUUCGGCGUUCCGCGCACUACCAAAUUCAAGGCUGGCAAGCCGACGAACGCGACUCGUGCUAUGUCUGGACGCGUUGACAUCAUUAAGAUGUUCUUCGAGGAGCCGGUCAUGCAGAGUCUGCCGCUGAGCGAGCACGUUGGUUUGAUCUCUGAGCGUAUCCAGGACAAGCUGCGCAACUACAACAAGCGCAACCCUUCAAGUUGCCUAGAGUUGCACCUGAAGAAGAAAAAGAAGAGCAAGAAGUCCAAGAAGAGCAAGCGUGCUGCUGAUGAUGGCGAGAUCGACCGUGAGGUCAUGCAGUCGAAGCACGUGGUGAGCCCCGACGCUUUCCAGCUGCUCGUGUGGGUUAACUACUUGCGCAGCAUGUGCGCUCCUGGUGAAAACGUUGGUAUCCUUGCUGCGCAGGGUAUCGGCGAGCCGUCGACGCAGAUGACGUUGAACACAUUCCACCUUGCUGGUCACGGUGCUGCUAAUGUGACGCUGGGUAUCCCGCGUUUGCGUGAAAUUAUCAUGACGGCUAGUCAGAAGAUGUCUACUCCUAUGAUGACGAUCCCGCUUCGCGACGAUGUGGAGUCUUCAAGGGCACAGGAGGUUGAACAGCGUCUGAACCAGGUUGCUCUGUCAGAGCUGAUCAACAACACCAACGGCGUUCGUGUGAAGGAUGAGUUCCACAGCAGUGAGAAUGGUAUCUUGUGGGUGCGUGACUACCAAAUCCGCCUGACCUUCUUCCAGCUGAAGGAGAUCAAGCGUGUUUUCGGACUGAGCGCGGACCAGGUCUUCAACUCUGUUGGCCGGGGUUUCGUGGGCAAGCUGCUCACUCUGAUCUCCCGUGAGAUGAAGAAGAGCGGCGUUACUGUUUCUGCUACGGCGGAGAAGAACAACUUCAACGUUCCUUCCAGCUCCGAGAGGAAAAAGAAGAGCGAUGAUGACGACGAUGAUGACGAUGAGCAGGGUACGCUCCGUUUCGGCAGCCGUGGUGAAGUCCAGGGCUACGGUGAGAUGGACGAAGAAGAUGAGAAGAUCCGCAAGUCGCAGCUUGCCGAUGACUCGGACAGCGACUCGGACGAUGAGUCUUCUAGCAAGAAGAAGAAGAACAAGAAGACCAGUGCUGACAACGAGUUGGACGACAAGACCAUGGAGAACGGAUCGGGUAAGGCUCCGAAGAAGGCUUUUACUGCUAACGGCAUGGAGUCCCUCGAGGUCCCGAUUAGCGUGCGCAAGAACCCUUACUUCGUGUUCUGUGGACGCAACGAGAAGGAGAACUUCGUGGAGCUGCACCUGCGUUUCCCGACUCACUCUAAGACGCUUCUGAUGGUCCCGCUUGUCGAGAAGGUCGCCAAGCAGGUGCUGGUGCAGUACUGCCCCGGCAUUUCGCGCUGCUACCUGAUCAACCAGCGCAUAGGUGAGGCGCAGGAGGAGAAGCCAUGCGUACAGACGGAGGGUCUCAACUUCCAGGAGAUCUGGGGCUUCGACGACAUCCUGGACGUCAACAACCUCGCCACCAACGACAUCUACCAGGUGCUGCACACGUACGGUGUGGAGGCUGCGCGCGCUAGUAUUUCCAAGCAGAUCAUGGACGUGUUCGGCGUGUACGGUAUCAGUGUCGACCCGCGUCACCUGAGCUUGCUGGCUGACUACAUGACUGCGCAGGGCGGCUACAUGCCGCUCAACCGUAUGGGCAUGAACAACAAGGGCUCGUCCCUGCAGCAGAUUACGUUCGAGACGUCCAUGAAGUUCCUGUCCCAGGCCGCCAUGGGCGGUUUGGUGGACAAGCUGGAGAGUUCGUCCGCUCGCCUGGUGUUUGGCCAGCCGCCGCGCGUGGGUACGGGCAGCUUCUCGCUUUUGCAGCCCAUUGCAUUAUAA